CACAUUCUUCGCGCCGCCAUGUCCAAAAACACGAGCAGCAAGGGGAAACCCAAACCUGGCUCAAAACCCACAGGCGCCCGUAGCCGCAACACCACCCCACUGCCCAACGUGCGUACUUCGGUAGAACCCCCCACCGCCUCGGCCAGCUAUUUCAGCAAACCCUUGACCGCCCUGGGCCGGAAAUGCGAUGUCACCGUCGAGGAGAUUCUGGACCGCGCGCCAUCAAACAACCAGCAGGUUCCCUCGGGCACUGCCCUUAUCAGCAUGCGCGAGUCUAUUGAGACCAAAGUCCUAGCCAACGUCCAAAAGCGCAGUGAUGUCUCCAACAGCGCUCUUCGCGAGCUGCAAAGUCUUAAGAAGAACAACCGCUCUUCGCACGAUCGCGACAAGGAGAGGACCCCGAAGAAGGACCCCGAGGACCAUAAGCACAAGCUGAAGAAGCAGGGCAAAAGGGCCCCCGAAGACGAGCGUCCGUUGGCUGUGGGCGCUCACGCCGUGGCCAGGCAGGAUGGCGAACCCACCAAAGACAACUCAUCUACUAUAUCCUCUCCCAUCUCGCAAGCUCCUCCAUCAGCUACUGGCACCGGCCCCGCCGACCCUCCUUCGCCUUCCAACUCGGAUGCCUCACAUCAACCCCCACCCGCAGUCAAGAUUGUCCAGAUGCAGACUUUCGGCCCCGACCCUUCCAAAUUCGACGAUCCUACCAUAUACCACAUUCGCGAUGUCGAGCCAGGCAUGCCUGACGACUUGGUCAAAGAGAUAUAUUGCGUCGCCGGCUACCCUUCUACGGAUCUCUACGACAAGCGGCCUGGUACUCCCCCAGACAAGGAUUUCUCGAGCGCAAAACCUACCAAUCAAGUCAGCGCGUCGGUCUUUGCAAAUUAUGUCGAGCCUUAUAUCCGCCCUCUGACCGAGGAGGACGUGGCUUUUCUCAAGGAAAGAGGGGAUCGCAUGGGGCCAUUUGUCCUACCCCGUCGAGGCAACAGAUCAUACAAGGAUAUAUGGGCCGAGGAGGACGGUCAAAUGCACAUUGAUACAAAUGAACGGCACCUUCCAAAUGAAUCGCGUGGUUCGUAUGACGAUAUGAGAGACGACAUAUUGGAGAAAGAAGAGAUCUCAACUGGACCUCUACUUGCCCGUCUACUUAGCACGCUGCGGCCCGAGGGUCGUGGCACCUCUAUCAAUCCCAACGAUGCCAACGGCAUCAACGGCGACGCAAUGGACAUUGACGAAGGACCCAGCGCACCCGCCGAUGCGACCAAUAACAACUCCAUCCCUGCCGCAACCCAACUCCCCGAAUUCGCCCUACCCGGCUGGAAAGCCCCGCCCACAAAUGGUCGCACCGACUACGCCACGCUUGAGGAGCGCAUGCUCAUGGAACUCAAGCACUAUGGCAUGAUCUCAGACACGGACACAGAAACUGCGGCCUACGACUCGCACUUUGACGAUGAAGUCGCCGCCCGCCUCCGCUUCUUACAAAACGAACUCCGCAAACAAUCCAUCGUCAACGGCGCUCGCAAACAGCGGCUCCUUGAACUCACAGAGGAACGUAUCGCUCAGCAGGAAUACAACACUAUCGCCGAUGAUCUCGAUAACCAACUCAAUUCCGCAUACCUUAAACGCAACCGCAAUAUUGGGAAGGGCAAGAAGCAGGCUAAACGCCCCGGUGGCGCGGGCGGAGGCAGCCACGCUGCAGCUAACGCUGGUAUCAGCAGACCGGGUGUUGGCGAGCCUAUUCGCACACUCAUGGAGCGCAAGACGCAGUGGAACAACACCAUUGGGCCCGUGGUGAACUACGGAAAGACGGGAUUGCCGGGUGAGAGCAUCUUCGAGGAAGAGCAAAUGAAGAGAUUGGAGAGCCGCGAGGUCGAGAUUUGGAAUAAUGAGGCGGAUGAAUAG